AUGCAUAACUCGGGGUUGUGUAUAUACUUGCAUAUGUAAGUUCUUAUUUUUCAUCUGACGGGGGUAACACAAUAUUUAAACCAUGUUUCCAUGGCCUUUUCGUGUCUGUCUCAUGUUUCUUUUCAGUCUUUUGACGACAUAAUUAGCUCUGGUCAAAGUUUUCUAUACUUAUAUUGCUCUCUCCUCGCGUUGUUUUCCGCAUAUUUAUUCCUAGGUUGACCAUGUUCCUUUCCAGCAUGUCAAGUUAUCGGCCAAGUUUACAAAAUGAUCGUCGACCUUCGCAUCGGAAUGGGUAAUUUUUACUGUUUUUGCUUCCAACGUUCAGAUUUCGAGUUGUUGAAGAUGCAGAUAGAAGCAAGUUUGCUCGAAUUCGAAAUGUUUCCCCUCUACGACGAGAACCAAAACCCUACCGGGGACAUCCGCCGAAGUUCAUAAGAAAUGGAGGAUAUUCGGAGAAGGGGCACGUUAGAAGGUCUCCUGUGAGGAAUGGAGGCCCAAGAAUACCAUCAAUAUCGCCAGUGAGGGAUGUGGGAAGACGAAUAGAAAAAGGUGAUCCCAUUAGAAGAAGAUCAAGAUCUCCCCUUCGAAGAAAUAAGAAUCAACGAAGUCCAAACAGAAGAUCUCCACCCAGAAGAAGUCCAAGACGAUCUCCAGUUAGAAAAUCUGAUGUAAAGGUUUAUAGGGGCCGAGAAGAUUUUUAUAAGAAAACCUCGAGGCCCUGCCGUUCUUCCAGAGAUGUCUCCCCCAUUCGUGGGGAUCUGUUGCCAACAUCUGUGAAGUUCAUGGAAUCCAGAUUGAAGGCAGGAAUGCACGUUAAUCUAAGUGAACCCGCUUCCAGAGGGCGAAGAAUAGCAGAACGAAGUGAUUUAAGGGCGUCGUACCGAGCUCCAAACAGAAACCAAAUCACUGACCGAAGAAAUAUCAGGGGAGAAAGAACACCACCCAAGUACAGCAUCAAAGAUAUAUCAUACAGACCGGCAAGCAGCAGGCCCAGAGGGCGACAAGUCAAGGUCAGAAGGAAACCCGAUUAUGAGGUCUCUCCUGUCAGAGAAACGAAUGAUGUUGAUAUAAGUGCUCUGAAAGAAGUGGACUCAGGUAUUUUGAUGAGUGAAGGUAAAUCGUCUGUUUGUAGUCGGGGAGAAUAACGAUGAUGAAGAAGAACAGAAUGAACUCCAAGAGGAGAGCCCCAUACGACGGGGUAGUUCCGAAAGAAGGUCUCGAAGUCGAACCGCAGAUUCGUCCCAUCAUUCUAGUCAUGCCGAAGAAGAAUUUAUUUGUUUUGAAGAAGGAGUUGAUCCAGAGGAUAUGGAAAAGGCCGCCAGAGUCGAAGAAGGAAUCAGUCGUAGUCCUGAGGACACGUUGGAGUUGAAAGAAGUCGAUUCAGAGGUGGGUGUGGUAUUCUAUGCAUUUAAUAACAAUCAUAUUACUUUAGGUUGUGGAAUGA